CUUCGGGAGAAGUUCUUCAAUGAUAUUUUACGUCGCGUCUGUGAUGUUGUGGACGGCGACAGGUGUGAGUGCAGCUAUGAGUUCCAACGACGACCAACAACCCCCGGGCCUGAACGCAGCACACUUGUUCACCACACACCGGCAGAACAGUCACCCAGGCCCACGCGGUAACCAUAACAACCAACCGUCGUUUGCAUUAUACAAGUUCACUCAGAGCAUGGACAGUGCAAGUGCGGACGACAUCAACAAUCAGAUCCUCAAAGACCUCGAGCGACACACUACAACCGUGCCUAUGAGUAGUGAUUCACACUUGCCCCUGGGUAGACAGCGUGGGCAUAGUAACCAAGGCAACAGUCUCGGGGGUGAGCACUCUAACAGUCACGAUAGCGUGCACAUGGGCAUGGCCUCGGAUAAUAGCAGUGGGACGCUGAAUAUGAAUGCGCUUUCAAGCAGAAGCGUAAGUGGGCACCAACACAAUCUACAGGCAAGUGUGGACGGGUUCAAUGCUUUACAGGGAGGAGGUAGUCCUGGCAUCAACAGCAAUACGAAUAGUAUUAACAAUCAGAGUAUGGAGAUGGGCUCAGGAAAUACUUACUUAUCCCUGAUGCAGAGUUCAGAGUGGUUGAACGCACAGCAACACCAGCAGCAACAACAACAUAGGCAUGCUAGCAGUAAUACUAGCACAAACACACACACCAACACCAAUACAAACACCGGCACUGGUGGCAAUUCAUUGAAGAUGAAGAGUGGCCGUACGGGGAAAAGCCCGCAUUCUACAGACAAAUCACCUAUCAUGGCACGGAGAGGACUUCCCGGCACCAACAGUAAGGGCUUGUUAGCGGACGACAACGCGAGCUCAGAUAACAGUAUGGGAGCGUGUGCGGUAGAACGGGAGACCCUGCGUGUGCAGCAACAGCGACACUUACAGCAACUACAGAUGCAGAAGCUACAAGAACAGCAACACCAGAGCCAACAGACGUUUGAGAUUGAACAGCAGCGGCUGCAAGCACAGCUACGGCAGCAGCAAGGUAACCAGCAGGCUCAGAGACUCCUCAACCAGACUCAUCAUAACAGCCCACAUAGCAACCAGACCCAAGGUCAGACCCAGGGGCCACACCCGCCGAGCUUCCAUACACAGCAGAGCCUCCAGGCGGGUAGUGGUAGUAGUCAACCGAGCAUGCAGAACAAUAGCAACCAACCGAAUGUACAACAACAUCAACAACAACUACAGCCAAAUGAUCACACACACGACCCACAAAGCAGAGGGGAGAGUCUCAGCAACAACAGUCGCCCCGGCCCGGCUGAUAUACGGAUAGACGGCCCCACGGGCAAGGAGUACUAUGACAUCCUGGGGGUAGCACUAGACGCCGACUUUGCUACUAUUAAGAAGGCGUACAGGAUGAAGGCCAAAGAGUUCCAUCCUGACCGCAACCCAGUGGGUGCACAAAUGUUUCUGCGGCUGAGUGCGGCGUUUCAAGUGUUGGAAGACCCAGUCAAACGAGCAGAGUACGACAGGACGGGUAUUGUGACCGACAAAGCAAGUACCGAACGGACUCCUGCUGCUAAGCAGGCAUACGCGCGGAAAAUGUUCAGUGAGAUAUUUGGACCAAACAUAGACAUCAUCGAAGGCUUCGUGCCGCCCACCAGCAGAGCCAAUCGUCGCAACAGUCGCAUAGUGCACCACGUGCACAGAGUUACGCUAGAAGCACUGUAUACAGGCGCAGUCAACAAGAUAGCCAUACAACGCUCUGUAGCCUGCAAAGCAUGCGCGGGGAAUGGUGGCGGUCAAGGAGCGUUGGUGUCGUGUAAUGCAUGCACGGGCAAGGGAUUGCUGGAAAUUAGGACUCAAAUUGCCCCGUCAAGGUUUCAAUUUAUGAGUCAGACAUGUAAACAAUGCCAGGGCAAUGGGUUUGUGAUCCAAAAGGAUAUGUGUUGCCAAGCGUGUUCAGGAAAGAAAUUAGUUACAGGUACGAAUGGAUGCGCACGUGAUUAG